AUGUCAAUAACUUUGCCAAUAUCACGUCAGCUACAAAAUCCAGAUUUAGAUUUAACAAAGUGUAUUGAAAUGAUAAAUCUUGUGUUGGUUGCUCUCAAAAAUAACAGAGAAGAUACAAGAUUUACUAAUAUUUUUAAUCAAGCUGUGUCUAAAGCAGGCGUGUUAAAUAUUGAUGUUAAAAUUCCACGGAUAUGUAAAAGACAAGCUCACCGAUCAAAUUUAACUACUUCAAGUACUGAAGAAUAUUUUAAAAUUACAGUUUAUUUCACCGUUUUCGAUAAUUUUAUAACGUCUAUUCAAACUAUGUUUUUGGACAAUCAAAAUAAUAUAGUGUUUAAAAUACAACAACUUAUACCAAAUUACUUAAAUGCUCUAUCUGAAGAGGAUAUUUUAAAAGGUGCACCUUUCUAUGAAUCAGAUUUACCAGGAACACUUAACGAAUUAAAAGCUGAAAUCAUGUUGUGGCAGUUACAUUGGGCUAAACAACCAGAAAAAAAAAUCAAAAAUCAGUACGGCUACGGAAGCAUUUAAAGAGACUGAAGGUGAAUAUUUCCCAAACAUACGACAACUAUUACUUAUUCUUGCCGUAUUACCUGU